UGGUUGUUCUUGUGUUUGUCCUUUACACGCUGCCGUUGUUACGUAAUCAAAAGGUUAAACAAGACUAGCUUUUAGCUAGCUAAAAGCUAACAUCAAUCUCAAAUAACUCAGGUGAACUGUAAACAAGAGAAGCCCAACAGGAUGACCAGUGUGCUCUGCAGCAGAGCUCGGCUGGUGACGUACCUGCCUGGGCUUCACGUUCUAGUUCAUCGUGUUGUUGGAGCCAGGAUUUUCUCUGGGGCGUCCAGCUCAGAUGAGCCGCACCUGAACAACACAAUCCCUGACACUGCACAAAGGACAGUGUGGCCAGACGAGACCAUGGGCCCAUUCGGACCUCAGGAUAAGCGUUUCCAGUUGCCGGGAAAUGUGGGUUUUGACUGUCACUUGGUGGGUCCAGUGGAGCAGAGGAUCAUACCAAUCCACAGUGUCAUGCCAGACGUGCUCACUGCUCAGUCCAGCAGCGAGAGACACGACUUCAUCCUGGCCCACUUAAUCAAUGAGCUUCAUGAAAGUGAUAAAACAUCUACAGAGCAAAACGUUGAUAAAGCAGAGCACUAUUUUGAUCAUUCCAGUGUGGAGUGUGCCGUUCAGUCUUGCCCUGAAUUGUUAAAGAAAGAUUUUGAGUCCAUGUUCCCCGAGGCCCCAUCGACUGACAUGAUGGUGGUCACAGUGACUCAGAGAACACAGAACGACAUGACGGCCUGGACUGAGCAAGUGGAUCAGGAGAGAGAUGUGCUGCUUGCUAAUUUUGUUGAAGGUGCAAAGGAGAUAUGUCAUGCUCUCCGAACAGAAGGAUUCUGGGCUGAUUUCAUAGACCCGUCAUCUGGACUUGCAUUCUUCGGUUCAUACACAAACAACACGCUCUUUGAAACGGAUGAAAGGUAUCGGCAUUUAGGUUUUCAGAUCGAGGACCUGGGCUGUUGUAAAGUGAUUCGGCACGUAAUGUGGGGGACACAUGUUUUUGUGGGCACACUUUUCACCACAGCGCCACCCAACAGCCAGAUCAUGAUGAAGCUACAAGGAAGCUAACUUAAUUCAAGAUGCUGAGUCAUCAUGGGAACACUAUUGAUAUCAAAAUCAAACCUCAGCUUUUGAGAUGAUUAGUACAAUCAAAAACACAUUAACAUCCCAUGGUGCACUUAAUGAAGGUGUCCAAUGGCUGCUGCUGGAAAUGUGUAUUUAUUUUUGCAGAUCAAAAAGCACUUUUGGUGUGACUUAUUUUGGGUGCGUGUGCUACAG